AUGCAUCGGGGACAGUACAGUUGAGGUUCAACGUUCAAACGUUACAGUAAAAAUAGGGUACUCGUUGGCUGGCUGCUUAUACGUUAACGGGGGAAAGAAACUACCGGGCGAGUUAAGCGGAUGCUAGCCCACCGAAAACCGACAGAGUGAACCGAAUAUGGCCCUCAGCUAGUCGGUGCACGCGUUUCUUCUGUUGUCGGCGGAUUUACAAAACGACAGCUAGCAAGGUGCUAAGGUUAGCACGCUAGCUUGCCAGGAGCACAGAACAACUGCUGCUAGCUAACGUCACCGGACUGGUACUGGUUACUCCCCAGAGUACAGGUAUGUUCGUCCAGGAGGAGAAAAUAUUUGCCGGAAAAGUGUUGAAAAUACACAUCUGUACCAUGGAUGGCACGGAGUGGCUGGAGGAGGUCACGGAAGACACCACUGUGGAGAAACUAAAGGAGAAGUGCUUGAAACAUUGUGUACAUGGAAAUCUAGAAGACCCCAAAACAAUUACCCACCACAAACUUAUACAUGCUGCUACAGAAAGAGUCCUCACAGACACUAAAACUGUUGCUGAUGAAAAUCUCAAAGAUAAAGAUGUGUUGCUACUAAUAAAGAAAAGACCACCAGCAACCCCUCCAAAGAUGGCAGAUGUUAGUGCAGAUGAAAAGAAAAAACAAGAUAACAAAGCUCCAGACAAAGAUGCUAUCCUUAAAGCCACCUCCAGCCUGUCCACACGCCACACUGACCGCACGGUUACCCAACAUAACAUCAGAGAUUUUCAGACAGAGCUUAGAAAAAUACUGGUAUCUCUCAUUGAAGUUGCCCAGAAGCUUCUUGCCUUGAACCCUGAUGCUGUUGAACUUUUCAAAAAAGCCAAUGCAAUGUUGGAUGAAGAUGAGGAGGACCGUGUGGAUGAAACAGCCCUUCAGCAGCUCACUGAGAUGGGUUUCCCUGAGAGCAGAGCCAUCAAAGCUCUUCGAUUGAACCACAUGUCUGUGACUCAGGCGAUGGAGUGGCUCAUCGAACAUGUAGACGAUCCCUCUGUAGACACGCCUCUACCAGGGCAGGACUCUUCUGGGGCAUCAGGAGCCACAGCAGCUGACACCCCAGGCCCCUCUGCCUCUACAUUAGCCUCUGGUCCAAACCUUCUACGCAGUCUCUCCAGCCAGUCAGGCACAGAUGAGAGCACCAAGCAGGACGAGCUCACAGAAAUCUUUAAGAGAAUCCGGAGGAAACGGGAGUUCAGACCAGACUCAAGAGCUGUCAUUGCACUGAUGGAGAUGGGCUUUGAUGAAAAAGAAGUGAUCGAUGCUUUGAGAGUCAAUAACAACCAGCAGGAUGCUGCGUGUGAAUGGCUACUGGGAGACAGGAAGCCUUCUCCAGAAGAUCUGGACAAAGGGAUUGACACCAACAGUCCGCUGUUCCAAGCCAUACUAGAGAAUCCAGUGGUCCAGCUGGGUCUAACCAACCCCAAGACCCUUCUAGCAUUUGAAGACAUGCUGGAGAACCCUCUGAACAGCACCCAGUGGAUGAAUGAUCCUGAGACCGGCCCUGUCAUGCUUCAAAUAUCCAGAAUCUUCCAAACCCUCAAUCGAACAUAGAGCUGCCUGGUGACCCCUUCCCCUGCCCCUGUGUGAUUGUGGCAGCUUGUGUGUAUGAUCAUGUUAGUGUGUGUGUGUGCGCGGCAGAGAUACAAGUAUUAUUUUUGCCUUUAAAAAGACAAAGCUGGAGGAGUCGCAGUAUGAAAUUAACAUAUAACUAUUUAUAACAGUAUAAUGAAAACACUUAUACAAAUCAGAUGUUAUUAUAAACAAUAUUGUUACAGUAAUGAUAAAAAAAGAUUUAGUAUGUUGUUUGUACAAUUUAAUGAGAACAAUUUAUAGCUAAGACAGACAUGACUUAUUUUAUAUAAUUUCUCCAUGUGUAAAAACGGCAUCCAACAUAAUGUUUACACUUAAAAUGUUUUGUAUGUUUUGCAAUAUUUAAAUAUCAAUUUUAAUCUUGUCUGUCUCUUUAAAUUGUUACAUUUCAUCAGUGGUGAAUGUGUGGAAGACUCAGUAGCAUGUCUUUGUCUUGUUUUCAUCAAUUCACUGCUUGUAUUUGAAAGGGUGGUGGUCAGCGUUGACUGUUUAAGCCCAUGAAAACUGGGCUUUCACAAUACCUCUCUCUCUAUUCAUGCCUAUGAGGUCACUGUAAGUCAACCACCUCCUUUUUUAGAGUUGUCCUUGAGCUUCUUCAAGAGUAUUUAUUUGACUUUAUGCCUUUUAGAUGAAAAUUGUACACUAAACUGUUUGUGUCUUAGUUAUGUUUUUACAAAAAAACAAUAUAUUAGGUCUGUCUGUUUAUUGUCUGUGUGCUUUUGAAUGUCAUUAUCAUGUUGCGCUCUUUAAGCACUUGUUCACCUCUGAGUGUCGCUCACUGCAGCACUGAGGAAGGUAAAAGAAGGGGUUGCGUUUUGUCUCUGGAAGCUGUUCAGUGAAGCUGAGCCUAAUGGAAAAGGGUUUUUCAUUUUAACCUUUGAUGUGGAUGAUGACGCAUCUUCCGUUAGAGCAGCUUUAUAAGCAAAAAGAAAUAGAAUUUGAGAUGCAACCAAUGUCAUUCUUUUGGUUUACUGUGUUUUUGGGGAGAGCAAUGACGUUUAUGCUGUCAAACCAAAUCAUCAUAUAACCUGCCUUGUUGUUAGAUGUGUCCAUUGAAAAUACCCUGUAUUUCUGUGCAAUAGCAAUGAUUUUUGUUGACUUGUAAAGACAUAUAUUUGAUUUGAGUGUUAGAGAUGUGUGAACUACAGUUGCUAGUGUGUUCUACAAUAUUAGCCUUUUGCAUUGAGUUCUUAAAAUCUCCAGCUAUAAGAAGGGAGUGUGUUGCCUCUCCUACUUGUAAAGAGAGUUUAAAACAAUAUGGAGGGUGGUGUGUUUUGCCAAGCUUUUGAGUGUUUUUAUUCAACAUUUAAGAUGUAGUAUUGAUGUGACUUUCUGCUCAGGGAGGCGGAGAUUGUUUUUCUAAACUUGUCAUUCUAGUUUAGCAUUUGAAAAUGGCUUUAACUAAUCUGUCUAGAACUUUGCUUAUCACUAAGAAAACCACAGGACAUGGUUUAGUAAAUGCAAUAUUUGAACAUAUUUAUAUGUUUUAGAAAGCAGUGUGUGUUUGAACUAUGUAUUAUAUUAUUUAUAUCCAAGCCAAACUAGCAACUUGUUCUUAUUUAUAACAUUUAUAGCAAACCUCAAAGCUAAUCUACAAAUGUGAAAACAUUAAGUCAUUCAAAUGUUGUUUUUACAAACCAUUGUAAGAAUGUGGUUAUGAACUGAUAGGUCACAGUGUGAUUUUUAACUUGUGCGACAUCUUUGAUUGAUUGAGGAUUCCUGCCCAUCUUUGGAAGCCUCUCUGCACCUGCGUGGCAGAGUACAUUUAUCAUGGCCUCAGUGACGUAUAGUCUCAUCACGUCCAUGCUUUGCAUUGGCAUGCUUACAAAACCACUUCUCUCUGGUAAUCUUGUGAAACAAAAACGUUGGAAGAUUGUACCUGUAAGAAGGACAUUGACAAAAAUGCUGGUUUCCUUGAAACUGAUCAGAAGACAAUAAAAGAAUGAAAUGAACUUUAUUGCUUAGGGACAUUGAGGAAUUGUUGAAGUCACAGGCUAAAGUUUCCACUUCUCUUUCAUCCAGGACUAUCCCAGAUCAACAACCUAUGCAAUAUACUCUCACAAUCUGUUCAAACAGCCUCAUUACUCUGUCUGAAUCACUAUUGCAUUAAAGAUAUUUUUUGUGGCUGUA